CGGCGGCAGGCAGAGGCGGGCUCCCCUCCAACACAAGAAAAGGCAGGCGCGCCUUUUCUCGUCUCCUCCUUCCACCGACGGCGACGCCUCACCUGCACUGCACCCAACCUUCAUUCUCCUCCCUCCUCCACGCGCGUCGAUUUCCCAACUCCCAGAAUCCCGCUUUGCUCUGCUCUGCUCUGCGCGCCGAGAUCUGCCUGCCCACCACCCAGCGCCGCCCCGCGCUGACUUUUAGCUCGCGAGUCGCCAUGGGGAUCUCUCACCCUCUCUCCGACGAGUACGACGCCCUCCGCGGCGCCGUCCUCUCGCCGCAGACGACGCCUCCCUCGUCGCCGCUCGCCCACCACCACCACCUCCUGGAGCACGAGGUUACUCGGAUGGACACGCUCGCCGGCAUCGCCAUCAAGUACGGCGUCGAGAUAUCUGACAUUAAGAGGGCAAACAGUUUAGUCACUGACAGCCAGAUGUUUGCACACAAAACGUUGCUCAUACCUCUACCAGGAAUGCCCAUGCCAUCCUCUGUGAAGCUGAAUGGUUCUGAUCAAAAAACGAAAAGAGCAUGGGCACCAAACCAUCGGCAGAACAGAGAUGCUCUUGAUUCACUAGAUUCAUCCAAGUCUGGUCAGCAGGGGGCGUCACCUGCAAUGAGUACCCUGCAGAGAUACUAUGGCCUAACAUCUGAGAAAGGAAAUACCAUGAAUCUCAGCACUGAAAUGUCUGUGUACCAUAAGGGCGGCUUGCAGAGUAACCUCAGCGAAACAUUGCUCAAUCCUUCUGCAGCUCCAGGCACGAAUGAUACCGACAGAAGCUGCGAUUUUGAAGCACCAGCUAGUACUGGCUUUUCAGCAACAAACAUUGCCAACGGGACCAAGGGUGGCAUGGCAGCCAAACCAAAGCAAGACGGUUCGGUGCGGCGGCGACAGAAAGUGGAAGCGGAGCCUAACACAACGAACACCCAUGAUGAUUUUUUAGCAGAUCCAAUUAAGGCGAUCAAGAGUCUGUUGCCACGGCCAGUUUCCAGCAUCCGUCUAAACAUGGAUACAGGCAGCCCAGAUUCCAGCCAGAAGACCAGCAUGUCGUUCCUUAAUGGGUUAAAAUCUGUGACUGUGAGGAAGUCGCCGAGCGCACCAAGCUUUGUAGAUGCGGAGAAUGGAGUCUCAAUGUGGUCGAGUUCAAAGUGGACCUUCAACCAUGACUCCUUCACCCGACCGUUGCUUGAUGGCCUGCCCAAACCAGUGUCAGCUCGGAGGACCAAAACUGCAUUGGACUGAACUGAAUGGAAGUCAGUACUACGUACAGGUUUGGGUACCAUGGUUGCUACACUGAUCCAGCUUUGAUGAAUGGUGAACCGUGCUGUGAUUAGUGGAUAAUGGGUGGCAACGAAAGAGGUGAUUUGGCAGACCAUUUCUGCUGUGUCAGUGCGAUGGUUACACUGCAGAUUACGGUGUAAAAGUGUGCAGUGCAGCACAUUACUCAACCGUCAGUGCCAGGGAAGCGACGGCUACAGUAUAUGAUCCAUCCAUCAUUUUUUUUCCUUUUUGAUUUGCCUUGCUCGUCUGUAGCUCUGGUGUUAGCACAAUCGAUUGACUUGUACUCCUACAAAAGAGUUGGUACGCAGCAAUACCAUGGAGCCUAGCUAGAUGUAUUGUAUACAUUUCGUCAAAAAAAAGAUGUAUUGUAUACAGCAUGUAUGCAUGUGUUGAUGGAAUGAAUCGUAUCCCAUCCCAGGCAGAGCUACACAUUGAUACAUACUGAACCCUCUGAUCUAUACCUUGUAAAGGUUCUAAAGUUUCUUUCACAUACAAGAUAUUUUUGCUUUUCAUUUUCAUCA